AUGCCGACUAUCUAUGAUAUGCAACGUGAAGAAACAUAUACAAGUACACCACAUUUAAGUUCAACAGAUACAACUGUUGGUUAUAUGUCAGCUAUAACACCACGUCAAGUUAUUGUAACUCGACCAGUAAAAAAUUUAGGUGGUACAAAUCGAAAUGUUACAUCAAAAAUGAGUAUAUCACAAUCUGUAUCAAGUAGUAUUGUACCAUUACGUGGUAGUAUUAAUAGUGGACAUUGGGCAUUAGUACCAUUUACUAGUCAACGUGUUGAAGAAAAACGACAAUUAGCGGAAUUAAAUGAUCGUUUUGCUGAAUAUAUUGGUAAAAUUCGUUAUUUAGAAGCUGUUAAUCGUAAAUUAAGUCGAGAUUUAGAUAAUAUACGAAAUAAAAAAGGUAUUGGUUUACAACGUAUAAAUGAAAUAAUAAUACGUGAAAAAAAAGAAGCUGAAGAUACAUUAAAACGUAUGGAUGAUGAUAUACGUACAGGACAAAUAAAACGACAAGAAUCUGAAACACGUUAUAAACAAGCUGAACAACGUUUAAUGAAUAUACAACGACCAGAUCAAAUAAAUAAUAUUAAAAAUCAAUUAAAACAAUUACGAGAAAAAAUACUUGAUUUAGAAAAAAAAAUUGAAUUAAUUCGUAAAACUAUUUCUGAUAAUGAUGAUGAAAUAGCAUUAUAUAAUGCUGAAUUACAAAGAAUUCGUAAUGAUAUAGCUAAUCUUAUAACUGAAAUAGCUAAUGAAGCAACACAAAAACAAUUAUUAUUAGCUGAAAAAACUGUACUUGAACAAGAAUUAAAAGCACUUGAUACAGCACAUAAAUUUGAUGUUGAACAACUUCGUUCAAAAGUAGCUAUAGCUAAUGUUGAUCCAGCACCAUUUUUUGAAAGUGAAUUAACAUCAUCAAUACGUGAAAUACGUAAACAAUUUGAAAAUAUAACUGAUCAACAACAACAACAAUUACAAAAUUAUUAUCAAGCUAAAAUUAGUGCAUUAAUUGAAUAUCAUCAACCAAAACAACAAAUUGAAUCACAAUGGCAAACAGAUAAAAUACGUGAAAUAACUCGUACAAUAUCUGAUGUACGUAAUCGUGUAAAUAAUUUACAACUUGAAAAUCAAGAUCUUGAUAGACAAAUAGUUGAUAUACGUCAACAAAUACAAUCAUCAACAUAUCAAGAUGAUCAACGUUUAAUUAAUGAACAAAAACAUUAUCGUGAUGAAAUAGAACGUCUUAAAAAUUAUAUAAAUGAUUUAGAAAAAUAUCGUACAACAUUAGAAGAAGAAAUACGUCGUUAUCGUUUAUUACUUGAAGGUAAUACAAAUCAAGUUGGUCUACGACAUUUUGCUGAAGAAGCUGAAAAAAUUAUGAAUCGUGGUAGAUCAUUACUUGAUUCACUUAAUUUACGUUUAAUAAGAAAUACUUCAAUACCAAGUAGUUCUCAUAAUAUACGUGAAGUUACUUAUUCAACAUCAUAUUCAUCUGGUGGUAGUACUCUUCAUGGAUAA